CAUAUUUGCCUCGCUUGUUUUCCACACGUUUGGGCUCCUUCAACCACCGCUGGACAAGCCAAAGGACCAGCAACCCCACGAUGUACAGCAACAUCUCUAUCUGUGUCAUGAGAUAUCAACAGAUGUCACAUGAGGUCAGACAACAUGAAGAAAACUAUGAAAUAUACGCUACCGACAGACAAAGCGAAUCAAAAGAAUGGGGAUGAGAAGAAACAGAAGAAAGAACAGAAUACGCUCAGUGUUGGAUACUUUCAACUGUUCCGAUUUGCCACCUGGAAGGAGAUUGCCAUGAUGGUGGUGGGGAGCGUGUGCGCGCUCAUCCACGGCGCUGCCCCGCCUCUCAUGCUUUUGGUGUACGGUAUGAUGACCAACACAUUUGUGCUCUAUGAGUUGGAGGUGCAAGAACUGAAAGACCCAAAUAAAACCUGCCCGGGUGACAUCAUUCACUGGAUAAACGGCUCCGUUUACGAGCCGGAUGAAAACGUUACUGUUGCCUGUGGGGUCAAUAUCGAAGCCCAGAUGACUCUGUUUGCGUACUACUAUAUUGGAAUCGGAGUUGGAGUUCUCUUUCUUAGUUACUUUCAAAUUGGUCUCUGGGUGUCGGCUGCCGCCAGACAAACUCUGAGAAUCCGAAAGAUUUAUUUCCGGAAAGUCAUGCAAAUGGAGAUCGGAUGGUUUGACUGCAUCUCCGUCGGUGAACUCAACACGAGAUUAUCUGAUGAUAUCAACAAGCUCAAUAACGCCAUCGCCGACCAGGCGUCUUUCUUUAUCGAGAGGGUCUCCACCUUCGUGUUUGGCUUCAUGGUGGGCUUCAUCGGCGGCUGGAAGCUGACGUUGGUGGUCAUCGCUGUGAGCCCUCUGAUUGGUGUUGCUGCCGGACUCAUGGCAAUGGCUGUGGCUAGUCUAACGGGACGAGAGCUAAAGGCGUACGCAAAAGCGGGAGCUGUGGCUGAUGAGGUCCUGUCGUCCAUUCGAACGGUGGCGGCGUUUGGUGGUGAAGACAAAGAAACUAAUAGAUAUGACCAAAACCUUGUGGAAGCCCAAAACUGGGGUGUUAAAAAGGGCACGAUUAUCGGAAUCUUCCAAGGAUAUCUAUGGUGCAUCAUUUUCCUGACUUUCGCUUUGGCCUUUUGGUAUGGAUCCCAGCUGGUCAUCGACACAAAGGAGCUCUCUCCCGGGACACUUAUUCAGGUGUUUUUCGGAGUCUUGAUCGCAGCAAUAAAUUUGGGUCAGGCCUCGCCUUGUCUGGAGGCUUUUGCUUCAGGUCGGGCAGCUGCAAAGACCAUCUUCGAAACUAUUGACAGGGAAUCGGAAAUCAAUUGCAUGUCCGACGAGGGUCAUAAAUUAGACCGAGUGAAAGGCGACAUUGAGUUCCAUAACGUGACCUUCCACUACCCAUCCAGACCUGAAGUCAUGAUUUUAAACAAACUCAGCGUGCAAGUGAAAGCGGACGAAACCACCGCUUUCGUUGGACCCAGCGGCUCGGGUAAAAGCACGGCCGUUCAGCUCAUCCAAAGGUUUUAUGACCCAAAGGAAGGCACGGUGACUUUGGACGGUCACGACAUCCGAAGUUUAAACAUCAAGUGGCUCCGCUCGCUUAUCGGCAUUGUGGAGCAGGAGCCGGUGUUGUUUGCCACAACCAUCGCGGACAACAUUCGCUUUGGGAAACCGGGAGUCCCUAUGGAGGAAGUCAUCCGAGCGGCAAAAGAGGCCAAUGCUUAUAAUUUCAUCAUGGAUCUUCCACAGAAAUUCGAUACUUUGGUGGGUGAGGGUGGAGGUCAGAUGAGCGGAGGGCAGAAGCAGAGGAUCGCCAUCGCUCGAGCUCUGAUUCGGAAUCCCAAGAUCCUGCUCUUGGAUAUGGCCACGUCGGCUCUGGACAACGAGAGCGAAGCUGUUGUCCAGAAAGCUUUGGACAAGGUGCGGGUGGGCAGGACCACGAUUUCUAUCGCCCACCGUCUUUCCACGAUCAGGAAAGCGGACGUUAUCGUCGGAUUUGAACGUGGGCGGGCUGUGGAAAAAGGAACCCACGGUGAGCUCCUGAAAAAGGAAGGCGUCUACUUCACUUUGGUCACCCUGCAGAACCACGGCGUAUCAGACGCAACCAAUGUCGCUGCCGGCAAAGUUGCUGCUGAGGAAAACCUUGAAACAAAAACAAGGACUUUUAGCCGAGGCAGCUGCAGGAUGAGUAAAAGGAGCUCGCUUCGACUGCGAUCUCACAGCAACUUGUCCAGCGAUUUUGGGCCCGACACCGUCUCAACCAGCCUGAGGAUCCUUUCAAGCCAGACCAUCACGCCGGACCUUCCGGAGUACGAGGAUGAGGAAGACGAACAUCUCGAACCGGCCCCCAUUUCCCGCAUCUUGAAGUACAACCAAACAGAGUGGCCCUACAUGCUACUGGGCUCGCUUGGGGCUGCCAUCAACGGCUCGGUCAACCCAAUCUAUGCUUUGCUCUUCAGCGAAAUUCUGGGGACGUUUGCUUUAGCGGACGUCAAUGAGCAGAAGCGGCAGAUCAAUGGUAUCUGCAUUCUCUUUUGCAUUGUGGCCGUGACCAGUAUCUUCUCGCAGUAUUUACAGGGUUAUGCCUUUGCCAAGUCUGGUGAGCUACUAACACGUCGUCUAAGGAAAUUAGGCUUCCAGGCCAUGCUGAGACAAGACAUCGGCUGGUACGAUGAUUUCCGAAACAGCCCCGGAGCGCUGACCACCAGACUGGCCACCGAUGCCUCUAUGGUUCAGGGUGCUACAGGAUCCCAAAUCGGCAUGAUCGUCAAUGCCCUGACCAACAUCGGAGCCUCUUUCAUCAUCGCCUUCUACUUCAGUUGGAAAUUAGCCUUGGUCAUCUUGUGCUUCUUGCCGUUCAUCGGGCUCUCUGGGCUCUUUCAAGCCAAAAUGUUGACCGGUUUUGCAAAUGAAGAUAAGAAAUCAAUGGAGGAGGCUGGCCAGGUUUCCGGUGAAGCUCUUGCCAACAUCCGAACGAUCGCAGGCUUGACCAAAGAGAGCUCAUUUGUGGAAUCCUAUGAUCAAAAACUCGAGUGUCCAUAUAAAUCUGCCAAGAAGCGCGCCAACAUCUACGGGCUCUUUUUCGGCUUGUCCCAGUCUGUCAUCUUCAUGGCUUACGCCGCCUCCUUUCGUUAUGGAGGCUACCUUGUCAAAGCUGAGAAGCUGCAAUACGUCAUCGUUUUCCGAGUGAUAUCGACAGUCGUCAUCAGCGGGACCGCACUGGGCAAAGCUUCGUCUUUCACUCCAGAUUACGCCAAAGCCAAGACGGCCGCCGCUCAUCUCUUCAAACUUUUGGAUCAAAGGCCUAAAAUCAGCACAAGCAGCACAGAUGGAGACAAAUGGGAAAACUUCAAGGGCGAAAUAGAGUUUGUGAAUUGCGAGUUCACCUAUCCGUCCCGUCCGGAUGUUCGCGUGUUGAAAGGCUUGACGGUAUCGGUGAAGCCCGGUCAGACGUUGGCAUUCGUGGGCAGCAGCGGCUGUGGCAAAAGCACCAGUGUUCAACUGUUGGAAAGGUUCUACGACCCGGACCAAGGCAAAGUGCUGAUCGACGACCGCCCGUCUCAGUCAGUGAACGUGCCUUUCCUGAGAUCUCGGAUCGGCAUCGUGUCCCAGGAGCCCGUCUUGUUUGACUGCAGCAUAGCCGAGAAUAUUCAGUAUGGGGACAACACGCGGAGCGUCAGCAUGGAGGAAAUUGUGGCGGCGGCCAAACAAGCCUAUCUUCAUGAGUUUGUGAUGACGCUACCAGAUAAAUACGAAACCCAGGUUGGCGCGCAAGGCUCCCAGCUAUCAAGAGGGCAAAAACAACGUAUUGCCAUUGCCCGGGCCAUCGUCAGGAACCCCCAAAUCCUGCUUCUAGAUGAGGCCACCUCUGCUCUGGACACCGAGAGCGAGAAGAUUGUCCAGUCAGCUCUGGAUAAUGCGAGGAAAGGUCGAACCAGCAUCGUCAUUGCUCACCGGCUCUCCACCAUCCAGAACGCUGACAUCAUCGCAGUGAUGUCAAAUGGCGUCGUCAUCGAACGAGGCACUCAUGAUGAACUCAUGGCCAAGACUGGCGCUUAUCGCAAAUUGGUCACAACUGGAGCUCCUAUCAGCUAGAGCUGGAAUGCUCCUAGAAAACCCCAAAAAAAGCUGUUCUAUUGCAAAAUUGCGCUCAUUUUUCCUGAGAUUAAAAGGUUAUUGAUAUAAAAAGUCUACACACCCCUGUUUAAGAAACAGGAUUCUGUGAUAUGAAAAAGUGACAGCAAGAUAGAUGAUAUUCAAACUAACAUGUACAAUUUAGAAAAAAAGAGGGUAAAUAAAUCAACUAUAAAUGUGAUUGCAGAAGUGCGCACACCCUCUCGUUUGGAAGAUUCUUGGCCAUGAUCCCCAAAGUUAUUAAAAAUGCAUGUAGAAGCUGAGGGACUCUGUUACAGAGGAGUUUAUUGUCCGACACAUUUCGACUCGGAGAGUCUUCAUCAGGGCUAAUCAUUAGCCAUAACCAUUAGCCCUGAUGAAGACUUUAUAAGAAGCAGACUUUAUUACGCAUUAUAUUGUGUAACAUCUAUUAUUUCAACACUAUUCCUUUUUGCACCCAUUUACCUUACAUUGCAGCCAUAUUACACAUUCUGCUUUGUUUGUUAACAAGUCACCUGACUACUUAGGCCUCUUAUGUAAUAAGUUGAGGUACCACUGAAUGCUUAGCAACGACAGACAGCUAGGAAAAAACCCAAAUGGAUGCUAACGGGGAGAUGCACUAAUUUGUCAAAUGCAAAUCUAAUUAAAUAGGAAGCCACCUUCAGCUUUGUAACAAUUUGUCUGAGUUAUAUUUACAACUAUCUCCAUCCAUUCAUUCUCUGAACCGCAUACUUUACCAUUUUUAAUCAAGGGUCUCGUGUUUUUGUGAUUUUCCAUUUGUGCUUGCAGGUUUUGUGUAAUGUGUAGCAUUUAUGAAAUGUGCCUGUGCAGUUAACAGGAAUGGAUUUAUUUCAUACAUAAAUUAAAAAAAACUUUGUCUUGUUAUAAUAUAAAAGAUUUUGUAUGACUACAA